AUGAGUUCCUCAUUUAAUACUCCAUUAUUACCAUCAUAUUAUGUUCCAAAAUAUGAUGCUGCUAAUUCAACAACCACUUCUUCUCCAUCAUUAUCAUCGACUAUAACCGGUACAAAUUAUCAUCAUCUUCCAUUAUUCAAUAUUCGUUCAUCUCCAUCAUCAUUCACUUCUGACUAUAGUCCACGAACAUUAAGUUGUUUACAACAACAAUUAAAUGAUUUAAAUUCAUCUUCGACAAGAACAACGACAACGUCAUCAAUGACUUAUUGUACAAAUAAUUAUUGUCCAAAUUGUGCAUCGAUAUUUUCAUCAAAAAUUGAUAAUCCAAUCAGACAGUUUAGUAAUCAUAACAGGACUACUAUAGAAACACCUUGUCGUUUUUCAUCGAAAUUAGCUAAAUAUCCACGUUUGAGUAAUGAGAUUAAUGAUCCAUCAAUUUUAUCAAAAACAAAGACGAAUUGUCUCUCAAAGUAG